AACCGUCGUCAGUGUCCUGUCACUAUUUGCUUGUUGUAUUUGUCAAAAUCCCUUAAUGACUUCUGUCGGAAAGACACUUUUUAUUAAAACAACUUAGUUUUCGGCCCUGCUUACCAAAUUUUUUUUCUUCGGCUACUUAUUCAAAAUUUUGGAAUGUUAUGGUGGAAGAAUCGUACUCGCAUGGAAAAAUGGCUCCUGCCAAUCCUUGCCCUACUAGUGGUCCUUAUAAUAAUAAUCCUGGCCGUGUUUUUAAAAAUACUAGCAGAUUCUCAAGUAUGUCAAACCCCUGAAUGUGUUCGAAUCGCUGGAAAAAUCCUCGCAUCUGUGGAUUUAACUCGCAACCCCUGUGACGAUUUUGAGCAGUUCACCUGCGGAAACUUUCUUAAAAAUACACAUGUCCCCCCAAAUAAGGACAGAAUUAGUCCAAUCUACAUGAUAGAUGAUAAGGGCAACGAGCAAAUGCGCAUCGUGUUAGAGAAGCCCGUUGAAAAAUCAGAUACCAGGCCGUUAAAAAUCGUCAAAUCCUUCUACCAGACGUGUCUAAAUGCAUCACAAAACGAAAUCCAUGUAUUAGAUAAUUUCAAAAAGGCACUUAAGGGCAUUGGCGGCUGGCCGGUGCUGGAAGGAGACAACUGGAAGGAGGAGACGUUCAACUGGACGGCCACAAUAUACGAGUUCAUUAAAUUGGGAAUGGGGCAUCAUUUUUUUUUUAAGUUUGAGGUUGUACGAGCCAAAAUGAGCCCCUCAUUCGGACUUUCGCUAUCGUUUGCCGAGUUAAAGUUUUUUGAUUCUUCGAGUACCUCAGACUACAGUAACAAGGCAAAUGUCCAAGCCUAUCAUGACUACAUGUUGAAAAUUGCAAAAGCGUUCGGGGCCGAAGAAGCAAAGGCUUCGCAACAGAUGCGCGAUGUUAUUGAUUUAGAUAUUGCAAUAAAGAAACUCAAAGAACGCUCAGUCUUUGAUAAGACUACAACACACACAAUUAGAGGCUUGGAGAAAAACUUUCCAACCAUCCCGUGGUUACAAUACAUAAACACUAUGUUAGACUCAGUGACAUUAAUGACCUACGAUAGCCAAAUUGAGGUGCUUUAUCCCCAAUAUUUGAAGGGACUAGAAGAAAUUAUUAAAAACACCCCAAAAAAGACCUUGGCAAAUUACAUGUUCUGGCAUGGAAUUACAAAGCUCGUCCCGCUCAUAAAUAAAGAUCUGUGGAACUUGUACUCUACUUUUUGGCAUGGACCGGAAUCAGAAUCCUUAAGAUGGGAACAAUGUGUUGAGCAAACACGCAGCCAGCUUUACAUCCCUGCUCAGCUCCUUUACGCGCGUCAGUUCCUCAAAGACGGAGUGAAAAAAAGUGUCGACGAAAUAGCGGACUACAUCCGCAUCCAAAUGAUCGACAAUGUGCAAGCAGCCGAUUGGCUAGACGAGGAAUCCCGGGACGGUGUCAUCGAAAAAGUGAAACUAAUGAAAGUCCUUACAACACAUCCUCUUGAAUUUGUGAGCGACGAAAUGGUCGAAAAGUUCUACCAAAAUGUGACGAUUAAUCCCUUGGAUUAUCUAGGUUCAGUGCAAAAUGUAGCACGCAAUUCGAGAAGAAUCACUUUUUCCAAGUUAAAUAACCCGGGAGAUGAUUGGGUGCAACCCCAUGCAGUGUUUUGCAAUGGGAUAUAUGAUGCGGGCAAAAACACUAUUUACAUUUCUGUCUGCCUGUUGCAGGACGUCUACUUCGACAAGAACCGCCCGCAGUACGUAAAUUAUGGUAGCAUGGGUGCCCUAUUCGGCCACGAACUCACCCACGGGUUCGAUGACAACGGACGAAUGUUCAAUAAAGACGGAGACGGAUUGUUCGUCCUGCGGGGCGCUAAAACACUAGCAGCUUACAAGGAAAAAGCUCAGUGUUUGAUUGAGCAAUACAGCAACAUUACUGUCCCUGAAGUUAAUUUAAAGUUGAAUGGAACUAAGAGUCUAAACGAGAAUAUAGCUGAUAAUGGGGCGGCGAGACUGGCAUAUUUGGCAUACAAAAAGUGGGUUUAUGAACACUACUCGGAGAAACCUUUGCCGGGACUACCGUACACCCCCGAGCAGUUGUUUUGGAUUUCUUUGGCCACUCCUUUCUGUGAAGUGGCGACGAAAGCAGCUUUUAGAAGUUACUCAAAGUCGACAUAUGCGCCGAAUCGGUACAGGAUCAAUGUUCCGAUAAUGAAUUCGGGAUAUUUUGCUAAGGAUUUUAAUUGCCCACUUGGCUCUCCGAUGAAUCCAAAACGCAAAUGCCAACUGUGGUAAAUUUGUAUUGGGUCG